AGAUUCAUUUUUAGCAAAAGCUAAAAAAUUUAUAAAGAUAUUUAUCUGUAAUAUUGAUUUAAUUUAAGUGUUAAACUAAAAUCAAAGUAGGAAAUCGGCAUCAAGAAAAGUUUUAAAACUGUUUUAACGCUUGGUUUGUUAAAAGAUAAAUCUUGGAUCUGUAAUUAACCAAAAAAAAAAAGACAAUCUGUUUUCUUGUUGGUAAAUAUAUGGAUGUUGUACGCUUAAAAAUUUUUAUCGAUGUUACAUGGGAGCAGUAUUACAGACCGCUGGUGCGGCUGAAUUAGCAGCAGAACUUACUUGUUGUGCAUGUUCUUCUGUUUGUGGUCUUGUCACAAGGGACAGUGCUACUCGUGCAAAGUUUCGCUAUUGUUCUUUCUUGUUGUUUGCUACAGUAACCUGUAUCAUAUUGCUAAUACCAGGAUUGCGAUUUAAACUUGACAAAAUACCAGGUUUUUGUUCAAAAGUUGUAUCUUCGGACACUUGCGAUAAAUUUGUAGGGUUUGCCGCUGUUUAUCGCAUACUGACAGCGUUGGCUUUAUUUCAUUUUGUGCUUUCUAUCCUCACAAUUAAAGUUACUCGAAUUAAAAGCUUCAGAGCAAAAUUUAACAACGGACUCUGGUUUUUUAAAAUGGGAUUGAUAUUUGCUUUAACAAUUCUAUUAUUUUCGAUUCCAAAAAAAGCUGGAAUUUUUAGAAUUUGGAUGUACGUAAGUAUGACAGCUGGUUUUGUAUUUAUAAUGUUUCAGAUUAUGCUUAUUAUUGAUUUCGGACAUUCUUGGUCGUUAUCGUGGGCAGAAAAGUUAGAAAGUGGUCACGCAAAAUUUUGGUACGCAGCAAUGGCUUUCGUUACUCUGUUUAUGUUUUCAUUAUCGUGUGGAGCAUUAAUCACAUUUUAUAUUUAUUUUACUCAUGCUCCAGACAUUCGAAAAUGUCAUGCCAAUGUUUUUUACAUCUCAUUUGUUGGACUUCAAUGUUUUCUUGCAGUUCUUAUAUCAAUUACACCAUCCGUGCAGCAAGAGCUUACUGGAGCAGGACUCCUUCAAAGUUCUGUUGUUGUUUUGUAUACAAUGUAUUUAACAUGGAACACUUUAUCGUCUGAACCAGACUCCACAUGUAAUCCUCUUGGUAGUAUCAUACUUGAAUAUGAUUCGCUUACAGGAGUAAGUGGUGAAGCUAUAUUUGGAUGCGCAAUAACACUUAUUCUCUUGGUGUUUGCAUGUUCUGUCAGAGCCAACACUUCACAUUUAGGAAAAUAUGGCUUAGCAUUGGCUGAAAGUGAAGAUUUUGCAAUGGCUACUUACAAAGAAGAUAAGUCCCGAGCUAAUGUUGAAAAAAGUCUUGAGACAGGAGGAAAAGAAGUUUUUUUACACGAGUACGUGGGAUACAAUUAUUCAUUUUUUCAUAUGGUUAUGUCUGUUGGUUCUUUAUACAUACUAAUGAUACUAACCAAUUGGCAUUCUCCAGAAGAAAACUCUGACCUGCAAAGAUUAGUAAAAAAUUGGGCCUCUGUCUGGGUUCAAAUGGCCUCAAGUUUUGUUUGCUGCCUUAUUUAUGUUUGGUUUUUAGUGACACCUUUAGUAAAACGAGUUUGGGGGCCAACCUUUGGUAUUAUUUUAGAAAACGAAUAUUAUAAAGAUGACCUAAGUAAAGAUGAAGCAACCAUUAUUUUAAAAUCUCAUCAAACUAAUUUAAAAAACGACUCCGUGGUUGCACCGUUUAAUAAUAAACCUGAUGCUGAAGAUAAAUUAUACUGCAUUGACACGCAACCAAGAAAGUUUUCUCAAUUAGAAAAUUCAUUAUCAGAUCAAUCAUUAAAAGAAGAAGUGAAACCUAAUACUAAAAACACUUUCAACGCAGUAACAGUUGACAGUAAAAAAUCCCGAGUUAAGAGAGUUGAUUCUACAGUAUUAAAUAAUUCCGAAAUACCAAUUAAACCAAAAUUAAAACCACAAUUAAAUAGAUUUCAAGAUUUAGAAAGUACAAAAAGUAUUGAACAACAUCAGAAGAAUUCAGGGUCUUCAAUAAAAGCAGCUGCAGAAAAAUGGAGCGAAAAUUCAAAAGAUUACAUUGAUAGUGAAAAAGAAAGCAUCACAAGUUAUGCAUCUCGCAACACAAAGACAGUUCAUCGAAAAUUAAAAAAACUCACCAGAGAUCAAGCGGAUCAACCGCAAAACGUUAAGUUAACAAAAAAAUCUUUUAAAUCAAGCACAGAAAGUUUAUAUAAAGAACUUGAUAAACGAAAAGUAACUAAACCUGAAUUAAAGUCGACCAAGCACUUAGUUGACAAAAAUACGGAGACUAGCAUUCAAGAUGAGUCUUCUCUUGUACCAAAUGUAUUUAAAACAGUAGAACAAGAUCCUGAAACGGCUCAAGAAAUACUUAAACUUCAAUGGAAAAUUUUAAGAACUCAAGCCAAAGUAGUCAAAGUGCAGGAACGAAUAAUAAAACUACAAGAGUCAAAUAAAACGAUUAGCUCGUAUUCUCCUCAAGGUGAUCAUAGUAAGCAAAUGAAAACUGUUAGUAAAAGUGAACAUGGCUAAACCUCUAUAAUUUCGAAUCUUUUUAAUUUUUAUUUAAUAUUUAUAUUUUUUUAAUAAACAAAUUUG